GCACUUCCUAAUUCAUUACUGUAAAAUAAAAUUCUCAGAAAAUAUAACGAAAGUGUUAAUAACUUUGCUCGACACUAUUCUGUGUAGUUUUUCUUUGCAUAUCUACUAAAACCGAUGAGAAAUUUUGUUGCUGUUGUCCGUAGCUAUUUCCAACAUGGCAGCGUCCACUCCUGUAAACUUGACUUACAAAACCUGUAGAAAGCUGAAUAAAAAAGUAUUGCGGUGUCGAAAAUAUCUUGAGACUUCUGAAAAUCUCAUAAUAUAUGAUAACCCAACAAAGAUACUGUGUGUGCAGAAUGGAGGUCUAGGAAACAGUGUGAGCAGAGAAGAUAUUCUGGAGAUAUUCAGCCAGUAUGGCUGUGUGCAGGAUAUCAUCAUGAUUCCAAGAAAACCUUAUUGUUUUGUGUGUUUUGAUAAUUGUGACAGUUCACUUAAUGCUAAAAAAAAAACAACUGGGUAUCUGCUUCGGGAGGGAAUAGAUCCUUCACAAAAUGUUGUACUCUAUCCAUUUUUUGUAUCACAAGCUGCUUCUUAUGUCUGCCCUGUGACUGAUUUGCCUUCGGGACUUGUAUUGGUUAAAGAUUUCAUCACAGCAGAUAUGGAGCAUGAGCUUCUCAAAAUCAUCAACUUUGAUGGAGAUUCCAGAGAUGCUGGUUCAUCACUGAAGCAUAGACAAGUCAAACACUAUGGCUAUGAGUUCAAUUAUGAAAUCAACAACGUUGAUCCAAGAAAACCGCUUAAAGAGGGGAUACCUGAAAUUUGUCAUGAGUUCUUAAAGCAGGCCUUGGACAGCAAACUUAUUGCUUGUAUGCCUGAUCAGCUCACAGUCAACCAGUACCUUGCUGGUCAAGGUAUUCCUCCACAUGUGGACACACCUUCAGCAUUUGAAGAUGGAAUUGUAUCUCUCAGUUGUGGAUCACAGGUCAUUAUGGACUUUCGGCAUCCUGAUGGGCGAUGUAUUUCUGUGUUGUUGCCAAGACGAAGUUUGUUAGUGAUGUGUGGAGAGUCACGUUUUAUCUGGUCACAUGGCAUCACUCCCAGAAAAACAGAUAUUGUUUCUUUGGCAUCAGGGGGACUGACAUUAGUAGCUCGAGAAACAAGGACAUCAUUCACCUUCAGAAAACUGUCACCAACUGCUGGAGUUAUCCUCAAGAAAAAUGAAUUAUGUUCUCUGCCAACAACAGAUAGACAAGCUAUGGCUCUUGAAAAUCAACACGUCCAUCAGGUUUACGAACAGAUUGGUGCUCAUUUUAGUGACACCCGCUACAAGCCUUGGCCACAAAUUGCACAGUUUCUUUUGGCUCAAGAGCCAGGUUCUCUUUUUAUGGAUACUGGCUGUGGCAAUGGGAAAUACUUUGGUAUUAACAAGAACAUCUUUGAGAUUGGAUCUGAUAGGAGUGAAAAGCUUGCUGCCAUCUGCAGAGAGCGGAGGUUCCAGGUAUUCAGGGCUGAUGUGAGGGCUAUUCCUGUCAGAGAUGGUGCUGUGGAUGUGGGACUGUGUAUUGCAGUUAUUCACCAUUUGUCCACUGAGAACAGGCGCAAGCAGGCAGUACAGGAAUUAAUUCGAAUUCUUCGACCUGGUGGUAGUGUCCUCAUCUAUGUGUGGGCCAAAGAGCAAGAAAAAGACAGAUGCAAGUCUAAAUACCUGAAAGAGAAUAAACAGCCUAUACAAGAAUGCUCUUCCCCUCAAGAACCUUCUGACAGCAAACAACACAAAGAGCUGCCCCAUGGAGAUGAUAGUGGACAGGAAGAGUUGAGCAUGAUGUGCAGUAAUGAUGCUGGGGUGAAAAUUGUUUCACAUUUUACACCCAAGCCAGAAAAUAAUGUGGAAGGUGAGGUAAGUGUUUCAGCAGCUGAAAAAAGCAAAAUAGCAGAUACUGGUGAUCGUGGAAAUCAGCAUUUGACAUCUGUUCCUGGAGCCAUGAACAACAGAUUUCCUGAUACUCAAAAGACUUCUAUCUUGCAAGUGCACAUAAACAGGACUGAUUUUAAAAGUCAGGACGUGCUUGUUCCAUGGCAGUUACAGAAAGCAAGAGUGAAAAAAGGGCAGCAAGAACUUACAAAUAGCACAUCAUCACAUGAAACCCUACAUCGGUUUUAUCAUGUUUUUGAAGAGGGUGAACUGGAGAAACUUUGUGCUGGAGUGAAUGGUUGCAUCAUUGAAAAAAGUUACUAUGAUCAGGGCAAUUGGUGUGUAGUACUGAGGAAAAUGUGAUACUUGAUCCAUGCAUUUAAAGCACUGUGAUAUGAUCACAAAUUGUAUCUUUAUGGUGACAAUAAAAGAAUACAAAAAUGUUUA